GAGGCGGAGGAGGAGGAGGGGCGUCGCCGACAUGGCGGGUCUGUCUGUGUCCUUGGGAGGAGCGUCCCGGGCGGGCUUGGCUUUGGCGAGGGGCGUCGCGGCUCUCCCCUCCCUGCGACCCGCCUUUGGGAGAAGCUACGGCGCGGGGACGUCCCCGACCGGCGAGAAAGUGACGCACACGGGACAGGUGAGUGUUCAGAUAGAGUGCCUCUGAGCCUGGAGGCUCCACUCGGCUCCCUUGCAGUGGGUGCUCUGCUGGUGCAGCAACAGCGUUUAUAAGCCCCCAGUCCCUGCCUUCUCAUUCCAAAGAGGCUCAGAAUAAACUUAAUUAUUUAAUAAUAAUAAUAACAAUAAUUUAUUAUUUAUACCCCGCCCAUCUGACUGGGCUUCCCCAGCCACUCUGGGCGGCUUCCAACAAAAUAUUAAAAUUCAUUAAUCCAUCAAACAUUAAAAGCUUCCCUAAACAGGGCUGCCUUCAGAUGUCUUCUAAAAUGUCUGGUACAGUGGUGCCCCGCAAGACGAAUGCCUCGCAAGACGGAAAACUCGCUAGACGAAAGAGUUUUCCGUUUUGGAGGUGCCUCGCAAAACGAAUCUGCUAUGGGCUUGCUUCGCAAGACGAAAAUGUCUUGCGAGUUCCUGGUUUUUUUUUUCCCUUUUCCCCCUCUUUUUCUAAGUCGCUAAGCCGCUUAUCUGCUUAUCCGAUAAGCUGAUAAGCUGCUAAAAGCCGCUAAAAGCCGCUAAAGCCGCUAAUAGCGCUAAUAGCGCUAAUCCGCUAAUCCCAUCAAUGGGCUUGCUUCGCAAGACGAAAAAACCGCUAGACGAAGAGACUCCCAGAACGGAUUCUUUUCGUCUUGCGAGGCACCACUGUAGUUGUUUUUCUCUUUGACAUCUGGUGGGAGGGCGUUCCACAGGGUGGGUGGUUAAAUAUAUUAAAGUUUUGAUUUAUUUAUGUGUUUCUAUAAUCUUUAAAAAUUCAAACAACUAAUCAUUCCGCAAUUUGGAGAUUUACUAUUUUCAUUGCUCUCAAAGAUGUCAUGAACGUAACUAUUUUUUAAAAGGGCGAAAUGUGUCCCUAAUAUUAACUUUAAAAUAAGCUUUUAUUUUUUUGAAGUAUUCAUUGGUUUUGCGUAUAAUAAUAAUAAUAAUUUAUUUAUACCCCGCCCAUCUGGUAUAAAUGGUAUACUGCCCUUCACCCGAAGGCCUCAGGGCGGUUCACUGCAUCAAAACAAGAAGAAGUCCUGAUUUUGACCUAUAAAAAUCCUUAAGUGGCUCAGGAAAUGCAAUACUUCAAGGGCUGCCUCUCCCCAAACAAAAAGAGCCUUUUCUGUAGUGGCUCCCUGCAUCCGGGAUGCUCUCCCCAGAGAGGCUCACCUGGCACCUUCAUUGCAGGCGAAAGCCUUCCUUUUCAACCAGAGCUUGAACAAUCUGGCAUUUUAACCGUGUUUGUGGGCAGGGGUCAUUGGGGUUUUGUUUCAUUUUGAUUUUUUGAUAGGUGUUUUGUGUUUCCAUUUUGUAUUUUUUAUUCUGUAAACUACCUUGAGACCUUCGGACAUUGAGCAGUUUGUAAAUUUAAUUAAUAAUAACAAAUAAAAUAAAAGAUACAGAAGCCAAAAAAAGGCGUAUCUCUCUCUCUCAGGUUGUUGGUUCCUGCAGGAGCUUGUGGCAUGAAUUCCCCCUGCGGCCUAGGCUUUCCUCUCUUGUUUUUGUUCUAAUUGCUGCUGUAUCUAUUUUAUAAAAUGUAUUUUGUAUAUAACUAUCUUGAUCAUGCCCUUAAGUGUUAAAACAUUUGAAAGCCUCAUUUUGUGCAGUGGUAAAAUUAACACAGCUCCUUGCAUCCACUUUGCAGAGCUCUGGAUUUAAGAGUUUUUCUUAUGGAGCGGCAUUAUUUCCUUUUCUUUGCAGAUGCUUGAACAUUUCCAGUGGGAAGUCAGAGGUGCUUAACUUUGAUUAGAUUAACUUAGUUGGUCUCUAAGGUGCUACUGGAAGGAUUUUUAAUUUUUUUUUAUUCUAUUUUGUUUAGAUCGCAUCAGUUGUACUUUAACCUUUUUAAUUUAGGUGUUCAAGGACUUAUAUGCCACUCCAGUUUGCAAUAUUCUCUAGGUGGCUAACAAGUAAAGGUAAAACAGCUGUAGAAAAAUUGGCGUUUAAAAAUAAAUACAUUUUAAUGUUAUCAUAUAAGCCAGCUAGAUGAUUUGGCUGGGUAAAUGAAAAGACAAGACAUGAGAUUUAGUGCCAGGCAAUUCUUCCUUAAGAGGGCAUUCUAAUAUGGGAUGCAGCAGCUAAGAAAGCCCUUUCAACAGUCACCACCUGCCUGGCUUCAGAAGGUUGGAGGUGUCAAAGGAAGGCGAUUGCACAUUUACUAGCAAGGAAGCCCUACUGAACUCAUGUUGCAAUCCUGUGCUCUGUUACCUAGAUGUAAGCCCUGUUGAACUGAAUGGCAAUUACUUCUGAGUGUUUGGCUAUCAGCAAAUGGGUUUAGGAGCCUUCCCCGGUGUUUUGAAAUUAUCAGCCUCUUGCAACCAAGUGAAAAUGCCUGGGCACCAGGAUCGGUCCUGACCAUAGCUGUCAACCUUUCCCUUUUCUUGUGAGGAAUCCUAUUCGGAAUAAGGGAAUUUCCCUUAAAAAAAGGGAAACGUUGACAGCUAUGGUCCUGACAUCUCCACCAGCUGGAAGUGCAUGCCUGCGGAUCAUUGGAUCUUAACUGUUUCCACACACAUACUACCACAUCCUAGAGAAUUCUAUCAGUUACAUUUUAUCUGCACAAUCAGAAUGAAUUUCAGGAACCAAAAUCCUUUUUCUGUGCAGCCUGAGCAGGAGCAGUGAACAGCGUUAUAGGUAGUUGUUGUAGCUUGUUUUCACUUACCCCAUCGCCCUGCUCACAGUUGUGAAUAAUAUUCCUACGUUAUAAAUGGUCCAUGUCACCAUUAAGAAAAACAGAUCAGAAUAGGCCAAUAUAUAUAUAUAUAUAUAGACUGUCCCUGGUUAAAGUGACUUUUCUUUUAAGUUCCCAAAGUUCUUAACCUAGUUCAGGGUAGUCAUCUGAACUAGUCAUAUGUUUAACUCGUAAUCAGUCAGUCAGUUCAUCAUUUGACAAAUUAGACUUUAGAGCCAUCUUGCCCCAAAAUGGCAACUAGAUAUUCAACUUUGGUUUAAGGAGCCAUUUGGCACCUAGCUUAUGUAUCUUAGUUUCUAGCACUGGCUUCCUGGACAUGAAACCAUGGGGUUUUUUUGUAUUCUAAAGCGCCGGCCCCCCCAUUUCUCCACAAAGCUAUUUGUAUUUUCAUAAUUAUAAUUUUGUAAGAAAUAUGUUAAUUUCACAUAACAGCAAUGCUCCGUGUUACCAAUCAGAAAGUAAAGAAGCAUCCGUCUUUUACCAAUAACUUGACAUGCCCACCUUUGCUGUCAUUAGGGGCCCCAAUUUUGGGAUUAACACUAGAUCCUUCAAAAAGCAUUAAAAAAUUACUUUAGAAUCAUUGGAUAAGCAGUACCCUGUAUUUUCUUCAUUUGUGCCGACAAUCAGCUUCCCAAACCCUCUAAUUCGCAGGCAAGCCAAAAGGAUAUGAUAAACGUCCGUGGGCGAGUUGGAAAAAUGCUGUAGGCAAUGCAGAGAAAUGCCAACAAAAAGUCUUGUUUUGAGCUGUAAAUUUGGCUUAAUCUAUGAGAAGGAAGUUGCCAGUGAUAAUUAAUUUUAUGGAAAUUUUCAUUAUCAACUAGAAUUGAUUCAGCUGAAACAGUCUUCCAAAUCCAGCACUAUUGGAUGAAAUCCAUUGUCCAACAGCGGAACAGACACCAUUGAUAGAAUGGAUUUCCCUUCUCCUCUAAACCUCCCUCCCCCCCCCGCCCCCAAAAUCUCCAUCUGAAGCAGAUUAGGGGGAAUACAGGAGGCUGUUGAGAGGAGGGUAAAUCCCACUGCAUUCAACUUUAGAUGUUGCUCAUUAUUCCAUAGAAAAUAAUAAGUGAAGAAUCUCUCCUAUCUAGUAUUGAAUAUAUUUCAUUUCCCGGCAAAUGUUAGACACUCCCCACAGUCACCAGCAACAUCAAAGUGUAUGGAAAUUUUGUUUCUAUACUUAUUGUUCCUUAUUGUUAAUCCCUUUUCAACCACACUGCACAUUCCUUGAGUUUAGAAUUCUAAGUUUUCUCCUUACGUAUUUAUUAUAUUCCUAUCUUAUUUCAGGUUUUUGAGGAAGCUGACUACAGGCGGGCUCGGUUUUCUGGUCGACAGAAAGAGGUAAAAUUCAAGUUAGGAAGUGUUUGCCUUGAUUCUGUGCUUUUACACAUUUACCAACACAAUGUUCAUUGACUUCAGCUGUGAAAGAACAAUCAGCUUGGACUGUUUCAACUUCCACUAAAUUAAAAUAGAUUUAUAGAACUUAAGUCACAUACCUCAGCUAAAAUCUUUUAUUGAUUGUGGGAGUGGGUUGAAACUUACUUGGAAACUUCGGAGAACAUCCUGAUGUUGCUUGGGUGUUUGAAACUUGUAGUUUCUGCACUAAGGCCCGGUUAAACGCAGCAUUGAACAUGUUCUUUUAAAAAACCCACAAACUCUUUUACCUGUGUGACAUUUGUCCCAUAGGUGUCCCAUUUUAAAGCAGGGUUCCUUGGCUAUAUGUGAAGUAUUAGUGUGGCCAGAGAUCCACAGUCCAGACAGGUGCUGUGUUAUGUUGAUGUGUGAAGCAGUUACAUUAAAUGCUACAUGGAUACAUGUUUCUCGUAUUUUAGGCAUCCUGUUUAAAUGGGGUCUACAGUGGUGCCCCGCAAGAGUUUUCCGUUUUUUGAGUCGUUCCGCAAGAAGAAUUUCCCUAUGGGCUUGCUUCGCAAGACGAAACGUCUUGUGAGUUCUUGCGAGUUUGUUUCCUUUUUCUUAAAGCCGUUAAUAGCCGCUAAGCCGCUAAUAGCCGCUAAUAGCCGUGCUUCGCAAGACGAAGAAACCGCAAGACAAAGAGACUCGCGGAACGGAUUAAUUUCGUCUUGCGAGGCACCACUGUAUUCUGUAUACAAAAAUAGGGUUAUGUUUAAUGUUGCACCUGCAUAAGGGAAAUUGCCCAUGCCCUCCUCCCAACUGCUGCCCUCUGGCAAGCCUCUGGGUUGGAAAGGCCUGGGAUUUGGGGCAGUGGACUGCAGUGGGAGUGGAGCAUCAGGUGCAAAUGGGCAAACAUCGUUUCUGCUGCAAUGGAAUCUAAAAGCUGCGCAACAUUUUUUAAGGUGACUUCCUUAAAAAUGUAGUGAGCACUGAGUAGCAUGCCAGCCUCCCCUUAGUCACUGCUUUUAGGGCUUUUGACUUUACCUGGCUGGUACAAUAAUAGCAUACCCUUUUAUUUGUUGCCACGGUGGAAAAGAUUCUGUAGCAAAUGAACUAGAUGCAGCGGUAAUACAGUGGUACCUUGGUUCCCAAACAAAUCGGUUCCCGAACGCCGCAAACCUGAAAGUAAGUGAUUCGGUUUGCAAACGCUUUUCGGAAUCUGAACGUCUGAUGCAGCUUCCAUUUGAGUGCAGGAAGCUCCUGCAGCCAAUCGGAAGCUGCGCCUUGGUUUUCGAACAGUUUCAGGAGUCGUACGGUCUCCGGAACAGAUUAAAUUCAAGAACCAAGGUUCCACUAUACAGUGGUUGACGUGAGCAAUGGACUUUCAUCUUCAGCAGGCACUAGAUCCAUUCAGUCUUGGCACUGUUUAUGUUUGUAUUUCAGAUCUGUUUUAAAGUACAGAAUCUGGCUGUGUGCAUUUAUUCACUUGCAUGUUUAUAUUCUGCUUUUUAAGGCAAGUCUUUGCAAAGCAGCUUACAGUAAUGGAACAAGUAGCUUGUGGCUUAAUCAUUACUUCUAGGAUGUGGUCAGGAUCUUACCGCACUGCUGAUAAUGCAGCAGCCCUGAUUGUGGCUAAAAAGUUACACAAAAUGUUCAUGAGGGCAGGGAGGAGAAGGUUCAAAAGGAACUCUCAGCUCGCCAUAAGUACACCGAUGAGGAAGAAGAGACAGCCAAUUAGUUUUGCCCUGUUUCAGGCACAGGACUUUGCAGUACCUCUGGUAGCAAAAGCCGCAGCCUGUGUGCCCAUGCCACUAAAGCAAAUGUAUAGUUGGAGCUGUCUGGCACUGAAAACCUUUCCUUCGCUAUAAUAGGUGAAUGAAAGCUUUGCAAUCGAUUUGAUCGCUCAGCAGCCUGUGAGUGAAGUUGAAACCAGAGUGAUAUCCUGCGAUGGUGGCGGCGGAGCUCUGGGACACCCUAAAGUGUAUAUAAACUUGGUAAUGUAAUCUAACCUUUCCUUUGUGAUCCCAUCCACUGUUUUCCAUCAUCAUCAUCAUUAUUAUUAUUAUGAGAGGAAGAUAUGUGUACAACUGAGACUGACCAGUGUAUCUCAUCAGCGGUGUGGCAGUCUAGAAUGAUCCUUGGUAUAUCUACUUCGCUUGUUUUCUAUUGCGAACUGCAAUGUUAAGAAUUGCCUACUACAGGGCAGGCCACAAUUAAGAGCUGAUAGGUUGCAUUCAGUUUUAUGACUCGCCAGUUGUGCAGGCCUCGUUUAAGGGAUAAGUGUUAAUGAUUCCCUCCGUUGCAAUUUUUAUGGGUAUUUUCAAGGUAUAGUCAUGUGUGUAUCCUAAAGAUUUUCUUUUCCUGUCCUUCGUUCAUUCUCCAUGUUGCAGCAACCAUUAAUGUCAAUCUCUCUUCUGAUUGUUUCAUUUUAAUUAUUGCUUAUUAAAGCAGCUUGCCAGUAAGUUCAGAUGUAUUCUUGAGUAGAUUGCUUCAUUUUAAUAGCUUAUAUCUUGUUAGCUGCCUAAGAUAGAAGAAGGAAAGGCUUUGCUAAUCUGAAGCCUUUGUCAGUUUUUAUGGUUUAAUUGCAUUCUUCAAAAUGGGUAGACGGAAGUGUAGGCAAACAGAUAAAAAUAUUUUGAAAUUGAUAGUUGAGGGGGCUGAGAUGGGCAAUUGUUAUAGCUGUGCCUCAGUCAUAUCAGCCCCUUUGUAGAGGAAAAUCAAAAUUAUUUUAGCUCACAUAGAAAACUGUAUAUUUCAGAUGAAGGUGGAUUCUUUCACUAGCUAAACUUUCAGGAGUAUUUAUUCAUCAUUGUAAUGAUUUGAAUAAUCUUACCCACCCAUCCCCACUUGGCAGUCAGAUACUUGUUGAAUUUGUAAGCACUGAAUUAUGAAGAGAGGGACAGUAACUGUUAAGAUUUGUAACUAAAAUGAUGUGUGAGUUGCUCAUGAAAUCUAUUUUGUAAAAUGCAUCCAUACAUGCUUAGAAGCUUACUUUUGAAUCAACAUGAAUAGGAUUAAGCUGAAUUCCAACCUUUAGAGUAGAACUGCAUUGGGGGCGGGGCGGUAUGUGAACAGAAUUGUUUUAAAUAGAAGUGUUUGCACUAGAGCUAUUUUAUGUGGAACUGUAUUUACAGCACUAAGGUAAAAUUAUAAUUUUAUUCCACCCCAUCCCUCAAUUUUCCCAUUUGCAGGACAAAGAUACAAAAACGGGAACAUGUGGCUACUGUGGACUCCAGUUUAAGCAGCAGCACCAUCACUGAAAAUUGUCUUUAUUAUACUAUGUUAUAGUAUUAAAUAUAUAUUUAAAAGACUGUCGUGAGUGAUAUUCUUUUUUUUAAAAAAAAUCCAGUGUUCUUCUUAGAAUGGAAUGCCC